AUGGAAUCCAGUAAAUCAGAUGAAAGCGAACAUUCAUUAACUGUUCUUAACAAAGAAGCUACGCCAAGCUCAGGUGAAAAUAUAUCCGGUGAUAAUAAAAAUACCCAAAUAAAUUCCUCGAUGUUGGAGAAUUCGACGGGGAAUGAUGAUAGAGUGGAAGAUAGACAAUUGUAUCUUGAACGACCAACAACCCAAGCUGAGUGGCAUAUGAUGUAUCAACUGGCUUAUGUUAAGGCAAGAUUGCACACAAUUGUGCUUAAAAGAACCGUGCGAGAAAACAGACAAUCUACUGAUCACAAAAAUUCAAUCGAUAUACGUCACAUUUAUCAGCAAUUUGGACAAGUAAUUUAUAACGGACAAUUAACAGAUCAGAUAUACCUACAAAGAACUUUGCCAGGAAAUGGACCACCAGAACUGCUGGAACAAGAGACUCAAAACAGACAUAUUACAGAUCACCUAUCAAGAACAGUGGCAAGAAUCGGACCGCCACAGAGGCAAACACUUUGCAACAGGCAAUUUACAGGUCCUCAAUACCUGGAAAGGAUACCGUAUUAUCAGUCGAGUUAUGGACCAUUACAAACGUAUUGUGGACAACGACCGCCUGGGCAGACGUCUCACAAUCACCCCGACCUACAAGGAACUUUGCCACCGUUUUACGGACCACAACAGCCAGGACUAGCGUCUCAUUACACGCAAUUUAUAGAUCCUCAAUAUCGACAAAGAACGUUUCCAGAAAAUGAACCAACACAACUGUUGAAUAUACGGGAAAAAUCUUUUGAGAAUAUGGCAAAGAAAGAACCGAAACAAUCUGCUUCAGCUGAGGAUGUGUUAGUUCAGCAGAGAAUAGAAAAGACAACUCCAUCUCAUAUGAGAUUAACCAGAUUAUCUGUACCGUAUGAACACAGUUUAUUACAGCUACGAAAAGAACAGAUAAUGGCAUAUUCUCCCAUGAAAAAACAUUAUGUUAAAUUCACUUGCCUAAACAGUUCCAUUUGUUUGGAUUCUCGUACUCAUAUCAAAAGGGAAACGUUUGUAUGUUAA